CACCCGCGGCCCGGCACCGCGCCCCCCGGGCCGCCCAGGGGCCCGCCCACCCCCACCGAGACGGACGAGGAGUACGUCGAGCUGUACCAGGACCGCAUCCUAGAGGCGCAGGCCAGCCAGCUGUACCCGCUCAUGGAGGACCUCGCCGACUGGCUCAACAAGACCCUCUGCAUCGACUACAUCACGGGCACCAACUUCCUGGACAUGCUGGACAACGGCGUGGUGGUGUGCCACCUGGCCAGGGUCAUCCAGGACAAGGCGAAGCAGGCCGUCGAGUCGGGCGCCGUCAAGGGGCCCGUGCCCAGCAUCAAGGGCCGCUGCUUCGAGACGGCGCCGCGGCGGUCCUUCUUCUCCAGGGACAACAUGGAGAACUUCAUCCAGUUCUGCAGGCAGCUCGGCGUGCACGAGAACCUCCUGUUUGAGAGCGACGACCUCGUGCUGCACGCCCAGCCCCGCCACGUGGUGCUGUGCCUGCUGGAGGUGGCGCGCAUCGCGACGCGCUACUCGCUGGAGCCGCCCGGACUGGUGCAGCUGGAGAAGGAGAUCGCCGAGGAGGAGGCCGACGGCGGCCACUCCGACUCGGGCAUGUCGCACUCGUCGCUGCUGUCCUGGCAGUACCAGGCGCAGACCCCCAAGCGCGAGAAGCUGCGCCACUCCAGCUCGUCCUCGGCGCUCAGCGUGGCGGGGUGCUUCGGCGGCGGGCUGGUGCCGCUCGCGGUGCGCCCGCACUCGUCCACCGGGGACCGGCGGUCGCUGGGCGACGCGGACGGCGGCGUGGCCGUGCUCCGCGGCACGUCGGACGGCGUCCCCUCCGACAACACCGAGGACGAGUGGUCGCGCGGCUCGGGCGAGGACCCCGACCUGGACCUGGAGGUGGAGGCGGGGGCGUCGACGGGCACCCCCGGCGUGUCCGAGCUCGACCGGAAGGUGCAGCUGGCCACGCGGGCCGUGCAGAGGCACUGCCGCUGCGCCUCCGCCAAGUGCGACAAGCUGCGCGUCAAGAAGGUCGGCGAGGGCCGCUACAGCAUCGCGGGCAAGAACGUCUUCAUCAGGUUGCUCAAGGGCCGCCACAUGAUGGUGCGCGUCGGCGGCGGCUGGGACACCCUGGAGCACUUCCUGCAGAGACACGACCCGUGCCAGGGAAGUAACCCAAGACACAGACCUAGAAGUAGUUUGAAGAAGAAUUGACAAGAAAAGGACUAAGAAACCUAGUUACUAAAUUUUGUCUCAUCUUUGUUGUAUAUUUGUUAGAGUAUAACUUUUUUAGUUCUGAAGGUAGCUAUGAUAAAAAUUUAUUUCCCAUUUUAUUCUCAGCUGUAUCAUCCGGCCAUUCCAAUAAGUUUAGGUACUUGUGCUUGAUUUCUUAAGUAGUGUACAAUAUGUGUCAUUUAGAAUUAUGCGCUACCUGAGAGGGGUGACUUGAUGAUAUGAUGAAGUUGUUGUGAUAAAAUGAAAGAGUAGAUGUUGUUGUUGUUAUGAACAUGAGAGUAAUUUUUUUAAGAUGAGGAAAUGCUGCAAAAUAUUUUUGAAGGAAUUUUGCUUGAUAUGGCCAUAACUUCUGUGAGUUAGACAGACAGUACUUUAAUUUUUGUAGACUUCAAUCUUAUGAAAUCUAAAUUUUUUUCAGUUCUGCCUAUUUUAUUUUCAGUUGGAAACUCCAUUUUGCGUUACAUCAUUUGGCACCUUACUCAAAGGAGCAAUUUUACCACCAAUAAGCUUAUUUCUGUUAAAUGUAAACUUGUGUUUUCUUGUUGUUUUUCCGCCAUCUGUGUUCAGUUUGUUCUAAAUCGGUUCAAUUCUCUAUGAACUAUUUUGUAUGAACAAGUGGACCAAAAGAAAUCUUUUAAUUUUUUUCUCUAUUACUUGGUAAACAAAUCAGUUUAUUUACUAAACUGUAUUUGUUUCAAUAAAGCUGCCUUAUGUGUUUGUUAUUAUUAUUUUGGUUAGAUAACAGCAGCACAUUUCAGCUGGGCUGAAGUUUUUAAUGGCUAAUGCUGCUUAUAUUUUGUAUGUCAUCAGUUGAGUUGAAUCCAUCCAUGCUUUCAAAGUUAAGUUCAAAUGAAAGCUCGACUUUUCUCCAUUCAUGUCAUUAUUUGAAUGAAACAAGAUCAUUGAUUAACCCUGCUCAAACGGACCAUCGAUUGCGUUCAAUUAAAAUCCAUUCCGUUUUCCUCUCACCUAAUGUCAAUCUAACUUUAUUAAAAUGUAGGAUUAAUCAAUGCACAAGGGAAACAAAACUAUGCAACUGAUAUUUAUGGUCCAAACAGGAAUUUUGGUUUGUUCCAGUAAUGGCCCUCUCCCUGUGAAUUUUUGUGUGAUUUUAAUUUGAUUAUUUAUUGUUUUGUAAAUAUGUAAUACUGGUGACAAAGAUACUGAGUGUACAAACAGUUAGUUAGUUGUAUUUUUGUUGCAUGGUUUCCCAGUAACUGUUGUACACCAUUCUUAUGUAUAGCUUUAAUUUCUUAUGUAGAGUGCAAGUGAUAAAUUAAAUGCUUGACUACAAACCAA